GUAAAGCUCUCGGUACUUCGCCAAAACCCCCCUUUUUAAGCUUUUUUUUUCUCUCUUUUUAUUCCUCUCUCCUCCUUCGCAUCUUCCUCUUCGCUUCCCUCUCGAAGCGUGAAGGAAGAUCACUGGUGUGCUGUCCGUAGGCGCCCUAGAAAAUCUUGUGGCGCUAGUGGGAGGGAGGAUCAAAGCCGCGGCCCUAGGCGCUCAAGAUCGAGCGCGCCCUUAACGGAUCGCUCGAUCGUCGCGGCGUAGCUAUAGAUCUCUUUCUUGCGAAUCGGGGGAAUCAAUCGAGGAAAUAUCAUGGCCGCGGGAGAUUGCUGCGUUCCUCCGGCGUCGCAUUUCUUCGACAACAGCGCGGAGAGCCUGGGCGUGCGAGCCUACACCAACGGCGCGCAAGGCGCUACCGAGGCGGUGAUCUUGGUGUCGGAUAUAUUCGGAUGGAGCAGUCCACUGUUGAGGAAACUAGCGGACAAGGUUGCUGCUGCUGGCUACCUGGUUGUAGUUCCAGACCUUUUAAACAAUGAUCCAUUCAAGCCUGCCGAGAGUGGAAGUCCCUAUGCAACAUUCCCCGCGUGGAUCAAGAACCAUGAACCGCCAAAGUCCAUACAACAGUGCAAGAAGAUUGUGGCACUGCUAAAGUCGAAAGGUAUCACUUCGAUUGGAAUCGCUGGCUUCUGCUGGGGCGCUAAAGUAGCAGCCUUGAUGGGAAGGGAGGACAGUGUGCGGGCAGUCGUGCUGCUGCAUCCCUCCUUUGUGACGGUAGACGAUAUGCGAGAGAUUCGUGCGCCCGUGGCGAUCCUCGCUGCGGAAGUAGAUCAGCGAACACCCGCCGCGGUGAUCGAGGAAUCGCGUGCAAUCCUUGCGAGCCGUGCUGAGGUGGAGAGCUUUAUCAAAUUCUUUCCGGGAGCUUCUCACGGCUGGACUGUGAGGUACGAUGUGACCAACUCGAGGGCCGUGGCCCAGGCCGAGGAAGCCCACCAGGACAUGCUAAGCUGGUUCUGGAGAUUCCUCAAAUGAGAGGAAAAGUGGGAGAGCUUCUAUAAAAGAGAGCGAGGAAAGGGACAAAGGAAAUUCGUUUUGGUUCGUUCGUUUUCACAGGACAGGGAAGACAGCGAAAGCAGUUUUGUUCGCCCAGCAAAAGUUUUACUUGUUAGUGGUAGUGUUCUUUCUUAAAAAGAGUGGAAUAUUCCCCGCGCGGGGUUUUAGGGUU